UACCCCUCCCCUCACACAGUGCAGCCAGCCCGUGUAUAAUCUGGCGCGCUCUCGACCCGUAGUAAAGCAGUAGUAAGCGUUGGAUGUAUCUGAUGCUGACGUUCUCGGUCAUACAGUGACUUAGAAGUAGACUUGUAUCACCAUGGCGUUGUAACGGUACCCGCAAUGUCAAAUAUAUUUGUAUUUAGUGCACCCAUUUUGAUUCUGUGGAUGUUACAAUGUGUUCACGGACAGUCUAUUGAAAGUGUAUGUAAGGAAUCAUGUGAAACCAGCCUGACUCUCACAUCCCGAGACAGAUCUCUUUUCUGUAAUGACGAAUGCAAACUUGACCAGUGCCGAUUUGGCUGUGAACGGUAUAAUGUUGGUCUGGAGUCGUCAUGUCAACAGGCUUGCAGUGAGUCCUUAGUUGAGCGACAAUAUUGUAUGAAGGGAUGUAACACUGCCUUGGGAAUCUACACAAGAAAUAUCGAAGCUACCUGGUCUUCACUACCAGCACCAGAGCUGAAGCAUGGCAGUAAGACUCACUCGUCACUGGUCCUUCACUGGGCUGGACCUACCCACAACAAUGUUACUUACUAUAUACAGAGCCGUAUCACUGAUUUUAACAGUGAUUGGGAGAUCUACAACCAAUCAUCACUGGAUCCUGGGGGUGAUGUAAACAUCACUGGCCUCCGUCCAUAUGUCACAUACAAAUUCAAGAUUUUACUGGUGAUUACGCCAGCACACAUGAAUGCUACUCCAGAGUCAGAGGAAAUUACUACCAGUCCAUUUGGAGCACCAUCCUCACCACCGUAUAUUUUGGAUGUGUCAGCACCAACUCCAUCCGUGAUCACCAUCUCUUGGAAAGCUCCCACCUUCACCAAUGGACCGAUACUCAGCUACCGUUUGAACCUUGACCCUGUCAAUCAUCCCAAUCUGCACCAGGUGAAUCGUGAAGUACCUGGCAAUGUGACAUCAUGGACGCUACAACAACUACAGUCGUCACAGCUGUAUUACAUCACAGUAUCUGCAUGGAAUAGUGAUGGGGAGGGGCCAGCGGACUCGGCCAACAUCACCACACCAAACGCUGGUAAUUUGACGGAGGACAGAAUGCCGUACCUGAUACUUGGAGAGGAGAAUGUGGUGCUCAAACAAAACAUGGAGGAGUGGCUCUUCUCCAAACCUCAUGAACUCCAUGAAGAGUCAGGGAGCUUGUUCCUUUCAGGGACCCAGGCUUUGUUUAAUGCCUCGGGGGACAUACAAGGUAUUGGAGUACACAUCGCCCGGGAGGUCCUAGUAGUCAGUGUGCAUAGUGAUACUGUCAAACAGGUCCACUACAUCGACAUCAAUGAGCCAGAGAAUCUGAGGCGUGACAUCUACCCGACGCUGACCAAUCCCACGGCUAUCUCUGUCGACUGGCUCAGUGAUCUGGUCUAUAUUGUGGACGACCUCCGGAUCUACCAGUGUGAGAUUGAUGCCAAUUCCUGCAACACAGUAGCAUCAGGCCCCCUGACUACCACUGCCACAGACCUGGAAAUUGAUCCCUUAAAUGGGUUUUUGUACUUCACCCAGAGCGGGGACAAUGCAGGCCUUUACAGGAUCGACACAGGUUACAUCAGGAAGUUGGGUCAUUUCUCCGUGCCAGCUAAACCAAAACUAGUGAUAUUUUGUCAUCUCAGGGCAUUCUUUAUAGACCAUGGCAACAUGCAGCUUUAUUUCCCCAAUGACUCGCAGAACACCAUGCUCACAUCUUUCCUUGAUGGAAGUGGUCUAUUGGACCUGCGUAAGGGCAAGGUCGUGCGGCCAAUCUACCGUAAUAUCACCAGCAUGGUUUUCUACAAUGGUACAUUCUGGUGGACGAAUGGCACCACUGUGAUGAAGGAGGACUACGAUGUCAACAGUGACAUGUUCUACCUUAACCCCCUGCUGUUCUUUACACACCACUACACUUCCUUUAACCUUUACCUGCCGACCACUCAACCACCACCAGUUCCACAUAGCCCACCCCAGAAUCUACAAGCCCUGUUUACCUCUACAAAGGUCAAGGUCAAGUGGUCUAAACCACAAAAGUUAUCAUACCAAGGUAAGGGGGCAUGGGCGCGGUGGCAGUACGAGGUAAGCAUCAUGAUGGUGGAGACCCAUGAGGAGACAAUCUUAAGCGGCAUUGAUGAACGAUCCCUUGAGCAGGUGGACAUGGUUCCUAACAAAGAGUACACCAUCAAGGCCAGAGCCUGCUGUAAGCUGGGGUGUGGGCCAUGGUCCAGCGAGUUUGUUGGUCGAACUCUGCCCACAGCCGCGUCUGAUGCCACAUUGCUGUUUUCCUGGUGGCUGGGCAGGUCAAAUAGACUGUUUGAGGUUAACAUGUAUGGCGAAAAAAUCAAGAUGGCUGCUAUUGAUUCAACUGCAAAGUUCAAAGAUUUUGCCUGGAGCAAUAAAGACGUUUACUGGACAGCCAAUGAUGGAGGUGUGUACACUUGUGACAGAGCCACACUCGGCUCCUUCAGUCAAGUUGCCUUUACAGGAGAGUCCGUCUCAGCAAUCACGUAUGACUGGCUCGGGCAGAAACUCUACUGGUCCAUCUCCAACCUAGGGGUGAUCCGUCGGUCAUCAGUAGAUGGUGGGUCUGUGGAGUUUGUGACCCAGGGGACGGCCCACCACAUGGCUGUGGACUCUGUAGCAGGCCGGCUGUACUGGAGCACCACCAACACUCUCGAGUCAGCUGCUCUCAAUGGGGAAGACCAUCACCUCCACUUCUCAAUCCCCUUCUUCUCUGGUAAACAUGUGAUCAGCCUCACUCUAAACCUGGACAUGGGUAUGGUGCUGUGGUAUGUCAGGGGCUAUAGAAAGCAAGAGUUGUAUAUGACCAACCUGGUCCAAAAUGGUGAUGAUCAUGAUCCAGCACAACCUUACACCUUCAUUGGAAGCUUCACCAGUAUUUCUGAGUAA